ACCAUUACCAUCAUCAACUUUUUUCUUCGAAUCAAUCUGAUUUGAUUCAUCAGCACAGACGACUAUCAUGUACAAUUGUAUUUGCACUUUUGUUGACAUGUCUUUGCCUGACUUACUACGGCUAUAACUCGACUCGACUCCAAAGUGCAAUUGAAGACCAACCAAUCGAUAUUGCCUACAAGAGGCCUAGUACUAUUGUAGAAGAACCUCCGAGUGUAUUGCCAGGAUACAAAGAUGAAAUCCCGGAACAGGAAAUAAACGAACCUUCGAUUGAAGAUAAAGUCCCUGAACCUGAAAAGACCCCUUCAAUUAUCGAAGACGACUCUCAGACAAUAUAUCGUCAGAAUCGUAUCGUCGAGGCUUUUAAACAUGCCUGGAAAGGCUAUGUCAUGGAUGCAUUUGGAAAAGAUGAAUAUCAACCCCUUACUCAUAAUGGGCAUGAUUGGGCUCCGGGAGGACUCGGUCUUAUGAUCGUAGACUCGCUGGACACCAUGCUACUGAUGAAUCUUACUGAAGAGUACGCACAAGGGCGCGAAUGGGUUGCUACAAAACUCAGUUUUGACAAGAACCAAGAUGUCAACCUGUUCGAAACAACGAUAAGAAUUCUCGGAGGGCUUUUGUCGGCAUACGAUUUGUCUAACAAGGACCCUAUAUACCUUGAAAAGGCUACAGACCUUGGAAAUAGACUAAUGGGAGCAUUUAAAACGGAAUCAGGGGUUCCCUAUGCAAGUGUAACCCUCUCGACCGGUCUGGCCUACAAAUAUCAUGUACCAAGCAGUACGGCAGAAGUUACAACGAUCCAGUUAGAGUUCAAGUAUUUGAGCUAUUUGACAGGCGACCCCAAAUAUAGACUUGCUGCAGAACGUGUAAUGCAACAUAUGGAUAAGCUUGUUCAGCAAGGCGAUACUACGGAUGGUCUCGUACCUAUUCUGAUAAAUCCCUUGGAUGGUACAUUUGCUACGAGUGAGAUUCGACUUGGCUCUCGUGGUGAUAGCUACUAUGAAUACUUGCUUAAGCAAUACCUCCAAACCUCAAAGACAGAACCUCACUACCGUGAGAUGUACGACUAUGCUGUGGAUGGCAUUCAAAAAAAUCUGUUGGCUCGCAGCUACCCAAAUCAUCUACUCUAUAUUGGAGAGUUACUCAAUGGUAAACCUGGAAAUAUUCACCCAAAAAUGGAUCACUUGGUUUGCUUUAUGGGGGGCAGCUACGCACUUGGCGCUACUGAAGGAGUUGCGUUGGCCGACUUGCCACCUUUGACGGGAAGAAACAAACGAGAUUUAGAAACUGGCCGUGAGAUCACCCAAACGUGUUAUGAAAUGUACAGCAUGACAGCAACUGGACUUGCCAGUGAGAUUGUCUAUUUCAACGACGACGAGAAUACUGAGCCAAAUGGUGCCGAUAUGGCUAUUCACUUUCAGGACAGACACAAUUUGUUACGUCCUGAAGCAUUGGAGAGUAUAUUCUUAAUGUGGAGACUUACUGGAGAAGAGAAAUACCGUGAAUGGGGAUGGAAGAUUUUUGAAGCGUUCGAGGAACAUGCUAAGCUUCCAAUGGGUGGUUAUGCAGCUCUGAAGGAUGUUACAAAAGUUCCAGCCACCAAAGAAAAUCGUAUGGAUACAUUCUUCUUGGCCGAGACUCUUAAAUAUCUUUAUUUGCUCUUCAGCCCGGAUGAUGUAGUGCCGUUGGAUAAAUAUGUAUUGAACACAGAGGCACAUCCGUUGCCUAUAUUUACACCAAACUGGUGAAUAGAAUAAAACCUAUACAUUUCCUAAAUAUACCGAAAAAAUAACAAGAUAUAUUUACACAUGUAUAAAUAU